UGAAAUGAGAUUAUAGGCAUUUAUCUGAAAGAGCAGGAGACAGAGCACCUGCUCGCGGUAAUUGCCAUCCCAGGGGAUAACACUGCGCUCUAAUCAAGGCGUCCAUCUCCAUGGCUAAUUUUGUUACGAGCAGAGAGCUUGCCUUUUCUGCUUGGUGCCAGGAAGCCCCCAUAUCCACAUGGAAUCCACUCCAGAUCCAUGUUUUCUAUUACGCUUGAAUAUAUGGGACAUGCAUAGCGAUCCUAUGCCUGCCACCGUGCUGCAGUGUGCCUGUUUUGCAGAGUACUGUGUCUGCCUAGUCCAGGCUGAGGCUCACUGGAGCCGUGGCCACUCACUUGGUCACCCCAGCCUCCUCCCUCCUUUGCAGCGAGGUUGAAGUGCCCCUGUGUGCACAGCUUCCCAUCCUCUGAGGAGCUGCCUGCGCUUUGCAUUCGGAUGCUGCAAACCCUGUAGCGGGAGUCUUGCUUCGGGAUCACUGUAGUGGGACCCUAACUUCCCAUUUCCCAAAGGACAUGUAUAGAAGGUCGGGCCUGCCCCAUGGAGCUGAGGCUGACUAAGCUCAAAGGCAACUUUCACGGAUUGACUCUGUUCAAAGAGUCUCAGUGCACCCUCUGUGGAGAGCCGGAAGAGGAAGAAGGAGGAGACUUGGCCCAGCCGGGCCUCGGCUUCCCAGGUCCAGCAGAAGAGGACAUAGACCAGCAAUACUCAUGGUCUCCAACGCAGCACUUCAAUGAAGAGAGGUAUUCGCCUGCACCCAGGAACAUGAAAGGGUUAGCCGGAAGCCGGAACCAGCCUCAGCUAUGUGCAGGUCAUACGUGCGGCCUGUCACCCGCUGAUGACUGCGAGCACCCCCAUGAUCACAUGCACCAUGGGCCAGACGUGCGGCAACCCUAUCUCCUCAGCCCGGCUGAGAGCUGCCCGAUGGACCACCACCGCUGCUCGCCCAGGAGCUCUGUCCACUCAGAGUGUAUGAUGAUGCCAGUCAUGCUGGGCGACCACGUGUCCAGCAGCACCUUCCCCCGGAUGCACUACAGUUCACACUACGACACGAGGGAUGACUGUGCCAUGUCCCACACAAGUACCAAGGUAAAUCGCAUCCCCGCCAACCUUUUGGACCAGUUUGAGAAACAGCUGCCCCUGCACAGGGACGGGUUCCACACACUGCAGUAUCAGAGGGCCUCGGCCACCACAGAGCAACGGAAUGAGAGUCCAGGCAGGAUCCGGCAUCUGGUCCACUCCGUCCAGAAGCUUUUCACCAAGUCGCAUUCUUUGGAGGGGUCAUCCAAGAGUAACGUCAACGGGACCAAGAGUGACAGCCGGGUGGAUGAGCACCACCACAGUCACCAUUCCAAACACAGCAGAAGGAGUAAGAGCAAGGAGCGGAAGCCGGAGGGCAAGCACAAGUCUGGUAUGAGCAGCUGGUGGAGUUCCGACGACAACCUGGACAGUGACAGCACAUACCGGACACCCAGCGUGGCCAACCGCCACCACAUGGACCACAUCUCCCACUGCUACCCCGAGGCGCUGCAGAGCCCCUUUGGGGACCUCUCCCUAAAGACUUCCAAAAGCAACAGUGAUGUUAAGUGCUCAGCUUGCGAAGGCCUGGCCCUGACGCCAGACACCAGGUACAUGAAGCGUAGCUCCUGGUCCACGCUCACGGUGAGCCAGGCCAAGGAGGCCUACCGCAAGAGCUCCCUGAACCUGGACAAGCCCCUGGUUCACCCAGAGACCAAGCCUUCCCUGCGCCCGUGCCACUACCUCCAGGUGCCUCAGGACGAUUGGGGUGCAUACCCCACAGGUGGUAAAGAGGAGGAGAUACCCUGCCGCAGGAUGAGGAGUGGCAGCUACAUCAAAGCCAUGGGUGAUGAAGAGAGUGGCGAGUCAGACUCCAGCCCCAAAACCUCCCCAACGGUGGCCAUCCGGCCAGAGCCCCUGAUCAAGUCCAUUGUACAAAGACCACUUGGAGACCACCAAACCCAGAGCUACCUGCAAGCUGCCACUGAGGUGCCUGUUGGUCACAGCCUGGACCCAUCAGUCAACUACAACUCCCCGAAGUUCCGGUCCAGAAACCAGAGCUACAUGCGGGCUGUGAGCACCCUGAGCCAGGCCAGCUGUGUGAGCCAGAUGAGUGAAGCAGAAGUUAACGGGCAGUUCGAGUCGGUAUGUGAAUCAGUCUUCAGUGAAGUUGAAUCUCAGGCCAUGGAUGCCCUUGACCUUCCUGGGUGUUUCCGAACGAGAAGUCACAGUUACCUUCGAGCCAUCCAAGCGGGUUACUCCCAAGACGAUGAAUGUAUUCCUGUGAUGACGCCCUCCAACAUGACCUCAACCAUCAGGUCAACAGCAGCUGUCUCCUACACAAAUUACAAGAAGACACCUCCCCCGGUGCCUCCUCGGACCACCUCCAAGCCUCUGAUCUCUGUGACAGCCCAGAGCAGCACAGAAUCUACGCAGGACGCCUACCAGGAAAGCCGUGCCCAGAGGAUGUCCCCGUGGCCUCAAGAUAGCCGUGGUGGCCUCUACAACUCCAUGGACAGUCUAGACAGCAACAAGGCCAUGAAUUUGGCUCUGGAAACAGCUGCAGCUCAGCGCCACGCAGCUGACGCUCAGAGUAGCUCAACAAGAAGCAGUGACAAGGCAAUCCUGGUCUCCAAGGCUGAAGAGCUUCUUAAAAGCCGCUGCUCCUCCAUCGGGGUCCAGGAUUCUGAAUUCCCUGAUCAUCAACCCUACCCAAGGUCAGAUGUAGAAACAGCCACGGAUUCCGACACGGAGAGCAGAGGCCUACGGGAGUACCACUCUGUUGGUGUGCAAGUAGAAGAUGAAAAGCGGCAUGGCCGUUUCAAGCGCUCCAACAGUGUCACGGCUGCUGUGCAGGCUGACUUAGAGCUGGAGGGCUUCCCCGGACAUAUCACCAUGGAGGACAAGGGCCUGCAGUUUGGAUCCUCCUUCCAGCGCCAUUCAGAGCCCAGUACCCCGACCCAGUAUGGGGCACUGAGGACUGUGCGGACGCAGGGCCUCUUCAGUUACAGGGAAGACUACAGGACACAGGUGGACACGUCUACCCUGCCGCCCCCGGAUCCCUGGCUGGAGCCAUCACUGGACACGGUGGAGACUGGCAGGAUGUCUCCGUGCCGAAGGGACGGCUCAUGGUUUCUGAAAUUGCUGCACACGGAGACGAAGAGGAUGGAAGGCUGGUGCAAGGAGAUGGAGAGGGAAGCAGAGGAGAAUGAUCUCUCCGAAGAAAUUCUAGGGAAGAUCAGGAGUGCUGUGGGAAGUGCUCAACUGCUCAUGUCCCAGAAGUUCCAGCAGUUUUAUUGGCUUUGUCAGCAGAACAUGGACCCCAGCGCCAUGCCAAGACCAACAUCACAGGACCUAGCUGGCUACUGGGAUAUGCUACAGCUGUCCGUGGAGGAUGUCAGCAUGAAAUUUGAUGAGCUGCACCAGCUGAAGCUCAAUGACUGGAAGAUAAUAGAGUCACCCGAAAGAAAGGAAGAAAGGAAGAUCCCCCCUCCAAUACCAAAGAAGCCCCCCAAGGGGAAAUUCCCCAUCACGAGGGAAAAGUCCCUGGACCUGCCAGACAGACAGCGCCAGGAAGCCCGGCGCAGGCUCAUGGCAGCCAAGAGAGCCGCCUCCUUCCGUCAGAACUCCGCAACGGAGAGGGCAGAUAGCAUCGAGAUCUACAUCCCCGAGGCCCAGACACGGCUCUGAGGACCAGAGGUGGCCGCGCGCGCCUGGCUUCGUUCUUUUUCACAAAAUGCUUGUACAGUUUAUUGCCUACCUGGUAGCUUCUCUCUCACCCUCCACCGGAUUCACCCUUGCCGUGUUCUCCGCACUGUAGACAGUGAACCUCGGAUUCCUAGUUCGCUGAGCUCAUGGCAAGAUUGACUCUGAAGGACGUCGGCUCUGAGGAGCAGGCUUGGUGAGCCCCGACUUACCUCCCUGUUGGCAGAGGGCCGCCCAGUGACCUCUUGAGAUGGACCCUCGCUUUCUCUUUGUUAUUUCUAUUUUUAUAAAUUGUGUGAUAACCAGAGGUCACUACAAACGGGUGCAUCUCCCCACUCUUGAGAGGCAUUAGACAUCCAAGUGGAAGGUGCUACAACUCGAAAGGCAGGAAAGACAGCCAGACCUGUUCCCCAUCACCCGAGCUACUCUCCCCAGCGAGCUGCCCCUUGUCCCUGCUGUCCUCACCAGUCCUGCCGCCCCAGGAAGCGCUCAGUUCCUUGGUUGACAUUCGUGAUGACAGAAAGGGGUCACUCCAACGUCCCCACCAUGUGGUUCUCCAAAAGGAAAUGACAAGGCUGGAUGUCCCCCCACCCCCUCCCCAAAAAAUCUAGCAUGGAAUGUUCACAUUCAAAGCUAACUGAACAUUCCUCUAAGAGAGGGACCCAUGGAAAGGACUGGCAGGAGCCCAGAGAAUACAAAGAGGAAAAAAAAAAAAAAAACAAAAAAAAAAACUAAGAAAUGGUCAUAGUAUUUUUAUCCCUUGGUAACUUAAACCACUACACAGAGAUUUUUGUUUAAACUUCACUGCUCAAGCUACAUGUACUUUUUAUAUAUGUUACAUACGUUCUCAAACUGCUAUCACUUGACUUCCCAGGGUACCUUUAAAGGAGUUUGCUUGUUUAAGAUGACAAUUGUGAUGUUGUAAACCAUGUAAGAAAUAUGAAUGUGAGUGGUAAGUAUAUCAGUUAAAAUGGUAAAGAAGAAAAGUUAGUUUAUACUUGUAUUUUUCCAGAAUUCUUUUGUCCUAUGCAGUACUGCUGAAGUUAAGAAUAUGUUUCUUGCCUGUGUUAGAUAAGGAGAGAAAGAGAGAGAGUGAGAGAUCACGCAUGGUGAUUUCCAACUAUAGAUUUUAAGAAAGGUAAUCAGUGCUCAUGACUCAGAGGGUGCCGAGAGGGAAAAGAUUGGCUCUGAUGAACAGGCUUUGUGUAAAUGAUAUUUACACACUAAGGUCUUUUUGUAACCCGACCUCUGCAUGGAAGUUCAGAUGCCACGGAGAAUGAGCAGAUUCCCUUGGCCCCGAUCUCAGAGUUCUGUGUUCUGCAAGCGCAGGCUCCCACCCAUCCCAGGUCGUCCCUCUCACUGCUUUAAGGAGCACUCGUGCUUAGCCAUAGGCAGAAAGCCUUCCACAGCUCUGUAGCACUUUGUGUUCUCCCUGUGACUCGCACUUUAAACCGUCCCCGGGGCCCCCUCUGCAGCCUGGCUACAUCUCCGGUCACCAUGCGGGUACCCGGCGAGGCAGCCUUGCUGCUCUGGCGUUGCUAAGACGCCUCUGGCCUCUUCCUCAUCCUCUACAUUCCACUACGCAUGGGGGGCACGGUUGAUGAUACAGCAUGUCAAGCCUCAAAGUUUUACUUUUUUAAAAAGCUGAGUAGUUAAGAAUUCCCUAUAAUAGCAAAACCCUAUAAAUUGAGCCUUGUAUCUGGUAUAUAUUUUACCAAACAGCCUUAAAAUAUAUUGGGAAGCAAAAAUCAUACGAAUGUAUACCCUUUAAAAGAUGCAAAAAAAAUAAUAACCCCCAAAAUAUUCUUCUAUCACUAAACCCUGUUUCCCCAGAGUGUUCAAAUCAUUUUCUAUCUAAAUAAAUAAUGUAAAUCCUGAAUAGUGUACAAUAUAAUGAUGCUUACUCCUGUACUCAAUGCCACUGUGUUAAAAAAAAAAAAAAGUAUGUUGUAAGCACUGGUAUUUCAGACUUUUGAAGCAAUGUAUCCUAUAAUUGCCAUUUAGAAGUAACCAGAGGUAAGCAGAACUAACCGUCCAUCCCAUAGCUGAAGGAAAUGCAGAAAGCAAAUGUCCCUGCUGCCCAAACCCAUGAGGACACCUGGCAGACUUUUCUAUCAUUUCCUCAAAUGUAUACAACAUACACCGAAGCAAAUUGUAACAUUAGACAAUCAUUUUUUUUGUCUCAAACCCCAAAUUCUAUAGACCCAACUUGAACAAAGUAUCCACUAGAUUCUGAUUACUUAUGUCAUCCAUAUUCAUUUUUUCAUCCAGUAUUGCCCAUAGUCUUGGCCUAAACGCCCCCUUGCUGAGCAAAUCUUCCUUCCCUGAGUUGCACAGUGAAAAAUGUGUCCCUAUCUGGUUCACUAGGUUCCAAAGAGUAUUAUUUAAUGGCCGAACAGAUGCCUGCUGCUAGCUCUAAUGGAGUGUCAGCUGUUCGUGUCCCCCUUGCAAGUGCAAUAGCUUCAGUUCUCAUGCAGGUGACACUCUGUUGUGGAACAAGAAGAUAAGCCAUGUUUACACUGCAUCAUCCAAGCAGAGGCAAACAGCAUCGGUCAUGUGUGCGUGCUGUUCCCGCUAGCUCCGUUAUUUCAGUCGCUCUCAGGAGGUUCGUGGUGUGGAGUUCUCCUUCAAAAAACUGACACAAGGACGUGGCCAUGGCAUGGCGCUGUUAUCUAUAACAGCACACCUGUGUUCCCAGAGAUGCCACCAAGCACUGGAGAGACUUGAGCAUCAUCAGUUCAGAAUCCCUUCCUCUCAACAUCGGGUCAAUGUGGACCUUGCUGUGCCGAGCUGUGAGAGCAGUGAGGAAGCAAGUGCAGCUGGAGAGCAGGACCAGGGGGAGGAAAGUGGCUGAGAAACAAGAUUCUCUUCCCUGCACUUUUCUGGGCAUCUCUACUUGUUCCUGUUGUGAAGAUGGUUGUCACCAGAAUUUAUUGUUCCCACGUCUUUAUCACCCAAUCUAGUAUGAUGUAGAAAGGAGCCAACUUGUUUUAUGCCCAGAAAUCACCUUGUCAUUGAAAAGGAAAUGCCCACAUUUUUAACUUUAAACCACACUGUAAGACUUCAACUAUUCAAUGGGAAGCAAAUACUUAGAAAAAAUACAAAUUAUAUCUAAGACUGCCUCAAAAACUUACACAAAACAAUAAGCUGCAAAAUAGAGGCGGUCUUCCAACCGCCUUUAUGGAAAUGCCCAAGUUCUGAGUAGAAUAACACAAAAGGUACGCAGCUCAUACGAUGGCUCCUUCUUCUUGGGGUGACUGUCCCAGUUCACCCCAUCUUGCUUUCUGCCUUUGGUUAGCAUAUUGAGCAAGUACUGUUUCUACCACCCUAACUUCAAUUUGCUGCCUCUGUGUGUUCACUACACACCCCAAACCCAGGACCCCAGGAUGAGAUUUCUCUGGAAAUAUGGUAAUAUCAUGGGCACAUGGCCCAAGUGCCUGUAGCAAUCAUAGAACUCCCUGCCUUAGAAACAGCAGUCUGGUUUGGGCCAAACAUUUUUUAAAGACAAAGUCUCACUGUGGAUAGUACAGGCUGGCCUCAGUUUUACAAUUGUCCCACCUCUUUCUUCUGGGUGCUGGGAUUACAGAUGUGCACCAUCACACUCAGCCUUGGUCCGUGAUUUUUGCCAGCAGAUGUGGGCUGGAAUGAAAGAGUGACGCAUACUGGCCUUUGCAGUUGUUGUGGGAUAAUCAGGUUUCAGCCAGCCUUCCUGUGUCUGUCCACACAGCUGGAAGCUGGUCACACUUCCAGGGGCACACAGGUCAGGCGGGCUUCAGCUGCUUUCCCUUCCCCCACCGACCAGCGGUGUCAGUUACCUUGCUCAGGGCCCUCUGACCACAGCUCCAGGAUAUCCACAUUGACAGAAGCUGACAAGCCAUGUGUCAGGGAGACUCAGGCUGACCGGUUAGCAAGACUGUGCCUGCUGAGGACAGAGGAACUCCCUCUGGUGUUGGAGAGGUGGCAGCAAUCCCCCUAGGGCAUGUAUCUUGAAGGAAACUGGCAGUCUGGAGUAAUAAUGGUCUUGAGAAGACACCUAAGCCCAAGCUCAGCCCACCAACUGCAGACUUGAAGCACAGAGCACAGGCGUGCUUUCCCAGGUCACAUGCUUUCACAUACAUGUGUCGCCCAGCCAUUUUUUCACCAGCCUUGGCUAUCUUCCUGUUCUUGCAUAUCACUACCUUCAUGGUUACCGAUGUUUUUAUCAUUUUCAAACUACAUUCACUGGAAGUUCUGGGGAGUUUCUUAUUUCUACCCACUCGUUGCUUAUUCUUCUAAGUAGGUUUGGAUCCAACCCCGGGGGGUUCUAAAGCUGGGAAACCACAGGCUUCAAAGAUCAAGAAUAUAACGUCCUCUGAGCGGCAGUGGCCUCAGCUCCCUUGGUGAGCAGGGCCCUUUGCACUGCCUCAUGUCCUGACACUGCCUGCCAUGAACACAGCACAUUAGUGGACGUUGUCCCUGGGCCCUCGUGUUCCACGUGCUUCCUGUGGAGAGUGGGAAGGUGCAGCACACUGAAGGCAGUGAACGCCCCUGUCAGGCUAGAUGCCUUCUCCAUAGGAUGGCGCCAAAAGUUUGAGAUGUCACAGAGAAGGUGCCAAGAGUCCCGGGGCUCAGCCAAACCUCCAGAACUUAUGCGUGCAACAGCUAGAACAUGUCUUCACUUGGGUCCCUGUUUUUUCUUCCAUAAUGUGCUGUUAGCAUUACUGUCCCUCCCCACCUCUCUCCCAGGCAGACACAGUGUAAGGAUCAGUGACAGAUGGCCUCUAGCAUCUUUAAGCUUGGAGCUUCAUGGUGAAUGUGUAUUGUGGCCCCAUUCUAUGCAGAACGCUGGCCGAGCCAGUGAGGGCACAAGAAGGGACAUUUACUUUGGGGUCCUGUUUUGCCUAGGCAGGAGGUUAAAAACAAGAAUGCGGGGAGUGGGGGGCACAGAAAUAGAACAUAAUAGCCAGGGAGGGACUGCUUUUUCCUGCUGGCUGGGACUUCAGUUUUUAUACUUCUACCACAAUCAAGAAUCCGCAACACCAACAAGAAUUGGGCGAUGUCUUUACCAUCCUGUCAGCUCAGCUCCCUCCUGGAUGAACUGAACGGAUGUUAUCUGUAUGUUAAAGUGAUGAAAGAACAGUACUACCUGGAAAACAGAGGGACGUGUGUGUGAAGAGCACCAGAAUGGACUCAGCACAGUCACUCCAUCCCGGGUUCCAGGCUUUGCUGUCAUUCCCCUGCCCACUGCAGAGAUGAGCACACAGACACUCUGAGAAGAAGCCUUUCCAUUCUCACCACACGGAAAAACACCACCAUGUUAUGAGUUUUUGUCCUAACUCUGGCGUUUUGAUCCAAUGUUUAAAAAAAAAAGAAAAAAAAUUAGCUUGUUUCUGUCUCAACAUCCGGCAGUUGACUCCUUUUCAGAAGACGCAUUAAUUACCUACAAAACUGCUACUUUUUAAAAGAUUUUGUAUACACACAAACCAAGGGAACAGUAGUUUACCUCCCAAUUUUCUUAGAUCUUAGGAGACUCUUAAUCAUUGGUGCUUUUUCUGAAUUUGAAAGACUUGGGCUCCAAGACUUCCCACGUGCAGGUGCAAGCAGAAAUGUUGUCGCAGAGGAAGUUGUGGCAGGAUUCCAGUGUGUGUUUCUGUUUUGAGCAGUGGUCUCCACGGAGGGGCUUGAAUGCGCGUCUGCAGGCUCGAGGAUGGAAGCCAAGGUCGACUGUGGGACCUUAGGAAGUCACUCGUCCAUAUCCCCUAGUCCCCCACUACCACCCAACUCCAGCCAUCUCAGAAACUUGGUCACCUUCAAAGGGCUCCACAAGAAUUGUCACCCUCCCUCCGUUUUCAGUUGGUUUGCUGCAUUCAGGAAGGUUUCCCCUAAUGAGCAGCGAGAACCGGGCUACUUAUUUCCCAACAAUAAGCCACUUAACCUCUGGCCAGGUACCCUACUGUAGAGACACAACCCUCUACCCACCCUCCAUACUAUGUGCCAAAAUACCCAGGCGUGGCCUAAGGACUGAGUUUAAUGCCUCCUAUAGGAUUCAAGGAAUGCUAGAGCAGGAGACUAGCAAUUUAGUUAAAGGUUAAAAGUAUAUAAAUAUAUAUAUAAAUAAAUAAAUAUACAUAUAAUAUAAUACCCACGACAAGGAUCGACAGAGUGCCAAAUAUUCAAACCUGUACAGUUACAGUCACCAGAACUAAACUAUUUUAUGAACUUCUCUUACUCACGCUUUUUUGGGUUCUUUUGAUAACUCUGACUUCCUAGCAUGCAGUAUCCUAUCUGAUGUAUUUCUUGUUGCCAAAACAGUUUCUUCCUUCUCAUUAAUAAUUUAAAUCAUUUUUAAAAGAUUGCUUUUUUAAGUUUUCUUUCUUCUGUGAGUUUUUCUUUUUUUCACUUUUAGGUGACUAUAGAAACAUUGUUGUCCAGGAUCUUCUAUGAUAACACCUCUUUCAUUUGAUGUCUGUAUUGCCAAUAUUCACCUGUAAAUAAUUCUGCAAUUAAAUUUUUUGAGAAAAGUAACAUUUACUUUUAUUG